UCAGUGUAUCCAAAUGGUUAUGUCCCCCUUCCGGGUGUACCAAUAUGGAGGCGAUGUAGCUGCGGCUUAUAGUUUAUCUGCCGUGUUUUGUAUUACCUUACUAAAAAGCGUGUUUGCAAGUCACAGAAUUGAUGCGGCAGUAUACGGUGGGAGCAAGCAGUGAUUUUGAGCCGCCCUUGUUAUUAGUGGAUUACAGCUACAGCUUUAAGGUGCCAGAGUGAUGGCAGCUGACGGAGGCAUGUUUGAAAGUAGCAGGAGUAUUGAGGAGAAACGUGAGAGCAAGAGGAGAGCACGGCAGGAGCUGCUCAGCAAGGCCAAAGAUGACUACUCUAAAGCAGAGAAGCGUAAAGAGCAGCAGCGCCUACGAGGAGAAGACACCUGGAUGCUAGAUGAUGUUAAUGAUCGGUUAGAAGCAUUAAAUCAGGAACAUUCUGCAAAGAAUAAAAAGAAAAAGGAGAAACACCGCCACAAACUGAAAAAGGAGAAAAAGAAAAAAAGCAAAAAGCAGAAAUCGGAAAGGAAUGAUGAUUCUGAGGACAGUUCUUCGGAUUCUGAGGAGGAAUGGGUUGAGGCUCCCCCACUACAGGCAGCCAGUGAGAAGAAGGCAUGGAAAAUUAAGGCUGAAGUUAAGGCUGAAGUCCCUGAAAAAUCUACAGAGAGGGACGAGUGGAUGACCCUAGACUUCAUGUCCCUGAAAGCGACAUCAGCUGCAGCGAUGAGAGCGGAAAAACAAAAAGAGAAAACACUGGAGCAUGAAAAAGCCCAAGCUGCAGAAACGGAGAAGUUGCUGUCCAGAGAGCUGAAUCCUUACUGGAAGGAUGGUGGUACAGGGCUGCCACCCAAGGAGGGGGAUGUUACUUCAGUAAAAAAGUUGCAACAUGUUGAGGAUGGAGGGUUGAGCUGGUUAAGAAAAUCAUAUCAGAGGAUGAAAGAACAAUCUGAAAGGGAAAACCGAAGCCUUGAUGACAUUGUGGCGGAGAGAUAUGGGUCAAUGGAAGAUUUCCAAAGAAAACUAGAAGCAGCAGAACAGGCAGCCUCACAGAAUUCUAAUGAUGGCCAAAGAGAGAGGUGGAAAAAAUCUCAUUCUCAGGAUGAUGAGUUUAGAAGGUAUCCAAGGUCAAGCCAACACACUGAUGACAAUAGUAGGCCUCGCCAUACUGAUCAUAAUCGAUACAACAAAUAUUCCCAUAAAGAAAGUCAAGAAUACAAGCACAGCGAGGAGUCCAGCAGAUAUAGGAAAGAACCAGAACACAGAAGGCAAUCAUUUGAAGACAGAAAUCAAGAUAAAAGUGUCUCCUUUAAACCAAAGAAUCCGUUUUUAAAACCAUCUGAUGAUGAUGGCAGAUCCUUAAAUAUCAGAGACUAUAAAUCACUAAAGAAUAAGGUAACUGGUGUUCAAGACUCUUCAAAACCUUGUUUCCAGAAACCCUUGAGUAAUGAGGAUGAAAUAUCUUGGAAAAAGGUACCAUCUAAAGACUGCAGCGAGAAGAAGCAGCAGCAAUCCCAAGACUCUGAAAAACCUUUUUUCCAUAAACCUUCAGGUAGUGAGGGUGAAUUAUCUUGGAAAAAGAUACAGCCUAAAUAUUGUAGUGAGAAGAAACAGGAAUCCCAAAAGGAGGACUCCGUGUCUAAAGAAAGGAAGGGUUCCAGGGAGCAAACUGAGCCAGAUGCCUACAGCAGGGAAUCACAGUCUGUGAAAGAGAGACCACAAUCACCAAGUCUUUCCUGCAGGCCUGACAGAAGUCCUCAGCCUAUCAGAAUUCUCAGUGAUGAGGAAAUGAACAAGCUCGGAGCUAAGAUUGUCAAGGCAGAACUGCUGGGUAACAUGGAUUUGGCAUCAAAAUUGAGAGCCCAGCUGGAAGAAGCCCGCCAGCAGAAAGAAAGGAAGUCUCAGGGAACAUCUCCUGUAUCAGAGAGAAGGUCUGAGGCCGAGGAAUCCAACUUGAAUAAAGACAAUGAAGUUCUCCUUGUCAGGACAGAUCAGUCAGGACGGGCAUGGCCUGUGAAUGCAGCAGCAGAUUCAAUGGAGCCAAAAGGCGGAAGGAGGAAGAGACAGAUGGUUGCUACUCAUGUUGAUAAGGAGAGGGUGAGAUACUUUCAUGAUGAUGAUAACCAAAGCCUUCAAGAUAUGGUCAAGAGAGAAAAGAUGGGGACAUCAGAGGACCAAAAUAAACAGUUUCUCCGCAUGGCCUCCAAGUUUAUGGAGAAAACGGACCGAGACUACUACACCUUGGAUGAUAUGUUUGUCACCAAAGCUGCAAAGAAAGAGCAUACAGAUAAAGAGGAAGAAAGAGAAAGAAUGCAAGCAAUGCACGAGCAUCGCAGUCUCACUGCCACAAUGGAAAAAUGCCGGUUUUGCUUCGAUAAUGCUGAACUUCCCAAGCAUCUUAUAGUGGCUAUUGGUACCAAGGUAUACUUGUGUCUUCCCAACCAUCUGUCACUCACAGAGGGACAUUGCCUGAUCGUUCCAUUGCAGCACCACACAGCGAGCACUCUGCUGGAUGAAGACAUCUAUAAUGAAAUCCAGGUGUUCCGGAAAGCCUUGGUCAGGAUGUUUGAAUCUAAAGGUCUGGACUGUGUCUUCUUGGAGUCAAACAUAUAUGCAAGAAAACGGUUGCAUUUGGUCUAUGAGUGCAUUCCUCUCCCAAAGGAAGUGGGUGAUAUGGCACCAAUAUAUUUUAAGAAAGCCAUAAUGGAAUCUGAUGAGGAGUGGUCCAUGAAUAAGAAAUUAAUAGACCUGUCUACAAAGGAUAUUCGAAGAGCUGUGCCCAAAGGUUUGCCCUAUUUCUCUGUGGAUUUUGGUUUGCAGGGAGGCUAUGCCCACGUUAUUGAAGAUGAGCACAAAUUCCCAUCUUACUUUGGCAAGGAAAUCAUUGGGGGUAUGCUGGAUUUGGAGCCACGAAUUUGGAGAAAAGCUGUCCGGGAGAGAUUUGAAGACCAAAGAAAGAAAGUGUUAGAGUUCGCCCAGUGGUGGAAACCAUUUGAUGUCACAAAGGAGUGAAAGUACUAGGCCAGUGGUUCCCAACCUUCCUACUGCCGCGACCAGUUCCUCAUGUUGUGGUGACCCCCAACCAUAAAAUUAUUCCUAAGACCAUCGGAAAUAUGUGUUUUCCGCUGGUCUUAGGCGACCCCUGUGAAAGGGUUUUUUGACCCCCAAAGGGGCUCCGACCCACAGGUUAAGAACCGCUGUACUAGGCCAUAGCUAUGUACAUUGUCUUUUUAUCUGAGAAGAAUACUCCUGGUCAGUGUUUGCUCUUUGGAACACAUGUAUGUUUUUAAUAAAGAUUUUGUUUCGUUCUUAUUUUGUAA